AUGGUUUCAAAAGGAUUCAGCUUUCGGUCCAUUGGGAUAAUGAAGCCCGAGGGUGUUCCUGGCUCCUCAGCUACUGCAAUUGGAGUUGGCCUAUUCGUUGCCUUCGGUGGCAUAUUAUUUGGAUAUGACACCGGAACUAUUGGAGGUAUCAUUGCUAUGCCGCACUGGUUGAAGACUUUUUCGACUGGCUACAUCAAUCCCGAUACCAAAGGUCCCGGGAUCACUGCCAAUCAAUCCUCUCUGAUUGUAUCAAUUCUCAGUGCGGGAACUUUCUUUGGUGCAUUAACUGCAGCACCCACGGCGGAUUUCACGGGAAGAAGGAUGGCUCUUAUGAUUACACUUGUUGUUUUCUGCUUUGGUGUUCUCUUGCAGACGAUUUCGGUUGCGAUCCCUCUCUUCGUGGCCGGUCGUUUCCUUGCUGGGUUUGGUGUUGGCCUGAUCUCUGCAUUGAUCCCUCUUUAUCAAUCAGAAACUGCUCCUAAAUGGAUUCGAGGAACGGUUGUCGGCGCAUAUCAACUUGCCAUUACGAUCGGUCUCUUGAUCGCAGCAGUCGUCGACAACGCUACCAAAGACCGCGCAGAUUCCGGCUCGUAUCGCAUCCCGAUCGCCAUACAAUUUUUUUGGGCCAUCAUACUUGGAGUUGGCCUCCUUUUUCUACCCGAGACACCUCGUUAUCUGAUCAGAAUGGGCCGUGACGAAAAGGCAGCCAAAUCACUAUCUCGCCUACGUCGACUCCCAAUUGACAAUCCAUUCUUGAUCGACGAACUCGCAGAUAUCAAAGCGAAUUAUGAGCACGAGUUAUCCUUGGGCACAUCUUCAUACAAAGAUUUCCUGACCUGGCACACAUUGGGCAAACGUCUGAUGACUGGCUGCCUCCUCCAAAGCCUUCAACAGCUCACCGGCAUCAACUUUAUAUUUUACUACGGAACUUCGUUCUUCACGAAUUCGGGAAUCCAGAACCCAUUCGUUACGACUAUGAUUACUUCUGCGGUCAACGUUGCGUCUACAUUCCCCGGCCUCUAUCUCGUCGAGACGUGGGGACGUCGUCGUCUGUUACUCUUCGGUGCGAUAGGCAUGUUUGUAUCACAAAUGAUUGUCGCUUCUGCUGGAACAGCAUUCCCAGGCACAACGAACAUGUCUGCACAGAAAGCUCUUGUUGCUUUUGUCUGUGUCUACAUCUUCUUCUUCGCCUCAUCCUGGGGACCAGUUGCCUGGGUUGUUACCGGGGAAAUCUUCCCUCUCGGUGUCCGGGCAAAAGGCCUGUCUAUGACCACAGCUAGCAAUUGGUUGCUAAAUUGGGCGAUUGCCUACUCCACGCCCUACCUUGUCAAUCCUGGCCCAGGCAACGCAAAUCUCCAAGCAAAGAUCUUCUUCCUUUGGGGUGGAUGCUGCCUCGUCUGUGCGUUCUUCGUAUGGGCUUUAAUAUAUGAGACCAAAGGACUCAGUCUCGAAGAGGUCGAUGAGAUGUAUGAGAAAGUUGAUAAGGCGUGGAAGAGCAACGGGUUUGUUCCCUCAAGGGAGUUCAGGCAGGAAGACAAGAACACUGGAGCAGUUGGAAGUGGCAAAAAAUUGAAGGAUGAUGUGCCAGUGGUUGAUCACUCAUCUGAGCAUACGGAGGUCAAUGGUGUGACUACCGAGUCCUCGGAGUAAUCGGACGAAACGGUUCCGAUGGGAGAUGUUGAUAACGUGUUCAGUUACUAAUGACCUUAUGUACCAGUAGUAUCAAAGAAUUCUUUAUCAUCGAG